AUGGCUUUUUCCAGAUCUUUCAACCUACGCAUAGUAUUCUUGACUUUAAUCUUUUUGAUUUUUAUCCAAAAGAACUUUGCCGAAAAUACCGAGACCUUUACUCAAACUUUUGCGCGCGAGAAUAAAGAAAUUGUUGAUAAAAUUCUUUGCAAUUCUUAUUUUAACGCAAUAUCAACUGGUAAAGCCACAAAUGCCGAGUUCGAGCAUGAUAUUAUUCAAAAUCAUUACUUCACCAUUCUUUGGGCAAGAUCCUUAGGUUAUGCCUUAACCAAAGCCCCUGCGCCAGUUCCAAAAGAUUGGGGAUUUGGUAACGUGACGCGAGAAUUCUUUAUAACAUUUUUGUCCAGUUACUUGGACGUAAUAGAAACUUAUGGUAAAGUCUUGGAAGAACUCGCAGUAGCACACAAUUUUAAUAUAUACGGAGAAUUGUAUUCAGCUUUUUCCAGGACUGAUGGAGAAUACAUGAUUAAAGUUGCCAAGACCUUGCCUUUUGAGGCAUGGAUAGCCACAAAUUGGGCAUCGAAUUAUUUUUUUUAUGAAGGCGUUUUGAUCUCCCAAGCUUCCAUAAAAAAGAACGGAUACACUUAUGAGUUUCAGGACUACAUUGAUGUGAGUACAUCUUCCUUAGUUAAAAAUGUAACCGAACAACUUGGAUCUUUCGUAGACUUAAUUUAUAAAUCAAAGAAAGCAGAUAGAAAGCUAGCAACUAAAGUUAUGACACAACAAUUAAAGAAUGAUUUUGCGUAUUAUGAAUCAGUUGCAACUGUUUGA